UCAUGUCUCUCCCUCCAAUCCUCCAUCCACCUUUUCACCCCCUGCCUAAGCUUCCCCAUGGCCUCGUCUCCAUCCCUCCCUCUUCUCCUCCUCUUCCUCUUUGCCGCUAUUGCCAUUGUGAGCAGCGAUGAACCCAAGGAGAAUAUGACCCACCUGCACUUCUAUUUGCACGUCUACUACGGCGGCCCCAACGCGACCACCGUCACCGUUGUUAGCCCACCCGGCAACAGCACCUUCGGGAGCAUCGGGGUGGGCAACAACAUCCUGAAGGAAGGGCCCGAGCCGAGCUCGAUGCUCAUCGGAAGGACGAACGAUCUCACCGCGCAGGCGUCCAUAGAGAGCCCGUCGUACCUCUAUAUGUUGAACUUCGUGUUCACCGCCGGAGAGUACAACGGGAGCAGCAUCGCCAUCGUCGGCAGGGAGGUGCUCGGCAUGACCUCGGAGAGGACCAUUGUCGGAGGGACCGGCAUGUUUCGGAUGGCGCGGGGUUACACGGUCAGCACUCUCAUCAGUUCAACUGGAACCACCGAACUCUUUCUUGUGUCAGAGUACGAUGCUUAUAUCUAUCACUAGUGCUGAUGAGCUGCCUCUCUCUCUCCUUGUGUGUUGCAAUAAAACCUGCUCGUUGCUUCUUCUACAUCUCUACGAUUCUGUGAGUCACCCAUGGUAUAAGGGCUUUGUUUUGUAACGCAGUGUAGUAUGAUGCCUUUAUCUUUCACUACCUGUGAGUUGCCUGCUGCUGCUGGUGCCUUUCCUUGUGUGGUUAAUAAAUCCUGUUUGUGGCUUGUUCUGCAUUCAUAUGCCACUGUUAUGUUUGUGUA